AUGAAUAAAUAUAAAAGCGACGGUUGGUAUGCAGAUGAAACGAUCGCACUGAUUGCCAUAAUAAAGGAACUUAACGUACAACGCAAAUCGAGAGUCAGUGAACUAGAGUGGCAGGAAAUUGCACGAAGAUUGGAGGAAAAAGGACACCAGAGGAGGCCUGGAGAGAUAAUUGAGCGAUACAGUCGUCUGAAAAGCAGUUACUUUAGCGCCAAAUCAAGAAACAAGACAUGUGAAUAUUACAAUUAUCUGAACGAUUUGUUACUACAUCAGCUGCCGCCAGUACAAGAAGGACUUACCGACCUCGACGAGCCUGAAGCUGAACUUGAAGCUGAUCCAAUGGAAAUUCAGGACGAGGAAAUGGAAGAGAAAUAUGCGGACACGCUUCAUAUUGACAGCAACAACACAAGCUACAACUCAGAGGGCACGUCAUCGCGGUGCAAGUGGACCGACGUGGAAAUUGAAGCAUUCCUAGGUAUUAUUACUAUGCUAAGACUGGAAAAACAAUUGUUGAGCAGACCGAAUACAAAAGUUUACCAGCUUAUAGCCAAGGAAAUGACACGAAAGUCCUUCGCAAAGCGGCCUGAUCAGCUGCGAUUUAAAUUCCAUCAGCUAACAAAGGAAUUUUUCAAGUCCAACAACACAGAUAAAACGUUCAAAUACUUUUAUACCAUGCAUGACAUAUUGGAAUCUCGCAAUGUCAGCAACGGCGGUGGCACCAGUGGCGAGGAAAACGAUUCUGCCAACAGUGAGGAUGAAGAAGUAGCACGGGCUAGUGAAGGGUCCAAUGAAUCGGAGCAGGCACUCUGGAUACGUUGCAAGUGGACGGAUGAGGAAACCGAAGCUUUUAUCAACAUUAUUAUUAACAAGAACUAUCAGGCGCGAUUGAUGCGCAGCAGGAAAGCCAAGGUGUUCAAAUUGUUAUCUAAAGAAAUGGCUAAACUACAGUACGAUAAAAGUCCGGACAAGCUUCACAUUAAAUACAAUCAGCUCAAGCGUAUGUACAAUAAAUCCCAACUGAGCGGACAACUGUUUUGCCACUACGAGCUCGUCCAUAAAAUGCUCAACUCUGCACAAACGCCUGCCAGCAGCUCCAGUGAAUCGGAAUCGAAUGAUAGCGACAACGAGGAGGAGACUGGCGAUAAGUCACGGCGAAGUUCUGGCAGAAGCGAUGGCUACCACUAUUGGACUGAUUUGGAAGUUGACGAAUUCCUGGCUACCAUAAAAGAACACGAACUGUUCCAAGUACUCGAUGGCUCCAAAAAGCGAAACUUUCGUACGCUCAUUAAUAUUUCGAAACUGUUGGCAAAGAAGUCGUUAAACAGAACACCCCACCAGCUGAAAAACAAGCUGCGCUUGCUAUUAACGCGCUAUAAGGAGGCCAAGAAAGAGGGUGUGAAUAAUGUACGCAUAUUGCCGCGCCACUUCAAGCUGAUGGAUGAGUUAAUGCAAAGCAAAAGGUCAGUUAAGCCACAUAAAAAAACAGUAAGGGAAGUUACAAAGGCCGAAAGCAUAAAGGAAAAAUCGCCAACGCCCCCUAAAGUAGAGAGCGAAAGUGAAACUUCCAGUUCAACAUGUGACUUAUUGCAAGCAGGAGCUGCCAUUAAGACCUUUGAAGAUGAUUUCGAAAUGCCGCCGGAACCAACGCCUCUUGAAGUCUUAACCUCAAUUAGCGAGGGCCAAAAGGAGCUUUUAGCCUAUCUCAAGACAUCCAAUGAGAACUUUCUCAAGCAACAGCUCGAAAUGCAAAAACAUUUUCUGCAAGAAAUGUCGGCGAUGAUGCGACAGGAACGUGAGGAAAAUUUCAGAAUGCUGAGACAAUUACUGCAAGGCAAUAACAACAAACAAUAGCUCAAUUUAAAUUGAAUUGAAAUAUUGACGAUCCGUUAUUAUAUGCAAAAUACACUUAAAAACAGAACAAAAAUACUCAUCUCGUUUCAAGCUUCUAAAACUUUUAUUGAAUUGAAUUCGAAGUUAUUGCAAAAAGUUGUCGUUAGUUAUUUAUAUUCAUGUAUGUAUAUUUGCAAUUCACUAAUAUUUUAGCGUGUGUGUCCGUGUCCGUGUCUGUGUGUUUCAGUUGUAAUUUUAUUUUUUUUUAUUGCAAUUCAUUAUGAAUUUAGUUAAUGUAUACAUACAGUAUUUAACAAGCGCAUUUAAACUGAAUUUUGUUAUUAGGUUUUGUUUUUCA